AUGUCAAAUAAUGAUAAUCCUUUUCAAUUAGGCCAUUCACAAGAUCCUAUUCUUGCUAUAAACGAUAGCAUACGACCAGGUUCACAACAGCAACAACAACAAUCAAAAAGGAAAAAGAAAUCUCGUGGUAAUCGUAAAUUACAAAGAUUUCGAGCAAAAUUGAAGAAACAAGGCUUGAAUGCUGAAACAAUUGAAACAAUAAUCGAUCGAUAUAAUGAACCAGUGCAACAACAUCCUAGUCGAAGACUAACAGAAGCAUUAGAUACAAAUAUCAAUGUAGAAGAAUUAAUCGAGAUCAAUCAGUCGGAGAGAAGAUAUGCUGAUGAAGAUAUUCGAACAACGACAACAAAACGAAAACGAGAGACUCGUCCCGCAGGUGUUACAACAUCAAUUAGUCAGGUUUCUAUUGCGCCACCAAUAGAAAAACGUCGUUCUCGGUCUGUUGCUCCUGUUGUUACUACAACAAGUAUUGUAUUGAGUAAUGCUGUCGAAGCAAAGAAUAAUCAAUCAGAUAUGAAACCAAAUUAUUUAAACACUCCAGAUAACGUUUUUAAGAAGAUGUUAUCAACAGCAUUAGAAGGCGCUGAAAAUAUUAUUGAUUUAGUAGAUACAUCCCAAAAAUUAAAAUAUGCUCGUCAAUAUGCUCAACUUGUUAAUGACUUAUUCUAUUUGAAAUUAAAACGAGAGUUUUGGGCACAUUAUUACAAGCUAGCUAUUAAUGCAGGGAUAUGGUCAAUGAAAUUAUCUAAACAAUUCAUGAAAGAGAAUAAAUUAGACCAAAUUCAAUUUAUAACACAAAAAAAUGUUGAAAAAUAUCAACAAACAACGGCUGAACUAUUGAAUCUAGCUGAAGUAAAAUUGAAUCAACAUAAACAAUUAGAACUUGGACAAUCCAUGGAUCUACAACGAUUAUCAACAGUAAUUCCUGCAUUUGUGCGUAAAGGUCAACAUAAAUUGUCCGCUGAUUUCAAACGAAAAAUAUCAAAAUUGCAAUUUGAUAUCAAUGAUUAUAUUUUCGUACAAGCAUUCUAUGCUCUACAACCGUCUCAAGAUGAGAUUGUGGCAGCAAAAAUCAUUUGGCAAGCAUCUAUAGCCAAACAACAAGCUGAAGAAUAUUUGGCCGUAUUGAAAAAGCGUCUCUAUAUAAAGCGAUUGCCAGCUUCAUACAAUGUUCUCGAUCAUUCGAUUGAUAAUAUCGAAAAAAUGGUUCAAAAUAUAGCACUAAAUGAAGACGAAUGUGCUUCGAUAUUAUCUCGACGUCAAAAGAUGAUUGCUCAAUUUAAAUAUGAUUUAAUAUUGUUAGAAAUUAGCACAAAUGAACAAAUAGCUCGAAAUCAUGCAACUAUGAUUGCUUGUGAAAAGAAAAGGUUAAUUGAUUCUGCCGGUGGUCAAAAUACAUUACCAAAGCCAAUGGUUUCUAUUUUAAAUGGUAUUUCUGCACGUCAAUCAAAUAUUAUUAAACGUGCUGAAUUAAUCACUAAACAUAAGGUGUCUUUUUUCGACGAAGCUCCGGUGGUUACAGAAGAAAUCCAGGCGGCUGGGACAACCAUCGGAGCAACACUUUAA